ACGUAACGCUAUUCUUAAGAAGUAGAAAAUAUGGGUUUGAAAGGUAAAUUGAUUGCUUCAAUGGAGAUGAAGUGUGGAGAGGGCUCGUUUUUUGAUAUUUUUCACACCAGCACUCAUCAGGUACCCAAUAUAAGUACUAGAAAUAUCGUUCAUUUUGAGAUUCAUGAAGGUGAAAUCGUAAAGACUGGUUCGAUUGUUAGUUGGAAAUAUAACCAAGCUGGACAAGAAAUGUAUAUGAAGCAAUUAAUUGAAGCCGUCGAUCCUCACAAGAAAUUAAUCAAAUGGAAAGUUAUUGAAGGAGAUUUAUUAGAGUUGUAUAAUUAUUGUAAUUUUACAACAUCUUGUGAACGCGAGUGGACUACUUGGACAAUUGAAUACGAAAAGAAAACUGAAGAUACCCCAGAACCCCUCCUUCACUUAGGUGUUAUCCUUGCCAUGACCAUGGAUAUAGAAAAUCACCUUCUCAAGAAAUAGUGUGUGUGUAUAUAUAUAUAUAUAUA